AUGGCAGCUCCGGCGUCGGAGAGCUUCGUGCAAUUUUCAUCGCAACUGCCGAAGGAGGAUCACUUGCUCCUUCAACAGCUGAGUAUCUUGGACCUCCUCAAUGCCAUCUGCACCGUGAUUUUAAAGCAGCGCCCAGAGGCUUCCAAGAUGGCUCCGCUCCUGCGAGUCGCGCUGGACGGCUUUCUGCAUUCCAAGCUCCAGCACAGUGUGUCAGGCACCUCGCUCCAGCGGCUGCUGACGCCGGAGAAGGCAUCUUUCGAGCGGUCGAUCUCGGUGGAUACCUCGCAGAGUCCCAAGACCCAAGAGGAGAGGCGUCUCUCCUAUGAGGGCGAGAACCGCUUCUGGCGGCGGCUGGGUGGGCAAGGCGAAUACGUAGGCGGCUCUCGCUUGCGGCUCCUACGGCAAGACGCGCUUACCAGGCACUGGUGCUGCUUCUUUGUGGAUCUGAAGGCGGGGCCAAAGAAAGCACGUCAAUACGAUAGCAAAAAUGCACCCCGCACUGAGCCCCGCGCCCACGAGCAGCCGAAGCACGAUGAAAAGUGCCCUCUCUGUCGCGGUCGAGAAGAAGCCACCGAGGUGCUUCGAGUUUGGCCAGAUGGACGUCUGGAAGAGCGUGAAGGGCUGCCAGAGGAAGAGGAGGACAAGUCAAAGUGGCUGGUCCGUGUCCUUCGCAAUCCUUUCCCAUAUCUCUUGACUCCGCAGGAGCUCUACGAGAAGCCCUUCCCCUUCGACCGCUCAAAGCACGCGGCCUGCUUUGGAGACAACGACAAUCACGCCGCCAACCCGGAUGCAGACCAUCCCUUAUACAGGAUGGUGGAUGGCUUCGGUGCUAGCGAGGUUGUGGUGGAAUCGCCCACUCACAAUGCACUCAUUGGCAUUGCCGAGGACUCCCAGGUGGUGAAUUCUUUGAGGGCCAUGGCUGCUCGAGGCCGCUCCCUGCGGAAGUGUGAGAGAGUUUUGCAACUUAUGUAUUUUAAGCAAUAUGGUACAGAAGCUAGCGGCUCCCUCAUCCAUCCACACAUGCAGAUUUGCUCAUUGCCCAUCGUCAGUCGCAGUUUGGAGCGACGGCUGCAGGACCACAAGGACUUUUUUGACCUCCACAGGUGCACGGGAGUUCAGAAGCUCUAUGUGGAUGAUGUCACUGGUGGAAAUUCCAUCAGUGUGGCGCGACUGGUGCACCAAACGGAACACUUCGUUGCUUCUGUGCCCUUUGCACAAGUUCCCAGAGGGCGAAUCAUCGUGGCCCCAAAGCGGCAUUGCCCUCGCUUCGAGGACUCCACGGAGGAUGAGCUCAAAGACUUGGGCCGAUUGCUGCGAUUACUUCUGGCCAGCCUCUAUAGAUCGAAGGAUGAUCCUUCUUACAAUCUGUUUUGGGAGAGCGCACCAACUGCACAUGCUUUUGCCGAUGAUGACGAACGCGAAGAGGUCGAGCGAACCUUCUGUUGGACACUGAACAUUCGUGUUCCACAGAAGUCCUCGGGGUUCGGCCUCGCCAGUGGCGUGGAUGUCACCAGGCAACUUCCAGAAGAAGAAGCUCGUGAGAUGCGAACAGCUCUUUUGCAAGAGGUGGCUUAUCCAAUUCGAACCUCCGGCUUCGAUGCGGAAAUGCUGAAUUUGGAGUUCCCCAAUACGGUGGGACCCUUUGUCAUGGUGAAGGCCCAACUUUUCCCUCGUGUCUUCAACGCUUUCUUCACUUUGCCACAGGCCAAAAAGCCAGAUCCCACCAGUGAAACCAGCUUCAUGGUUGGUGUCCAACCUUGUGAGAUCGGCUUGGAAGAGGGCGAUUUCUUGUUUUGUCAUUGCUCACCGCUGCAUCCGACGACGCUCUCAGCGGCCACCCGAGCUGCUGCGGGCAUCCCAAAAUCUGCGGCGCAUUUCGCAUGGGCCUAUCCUGUGGAUAAGUUAAAGCAUCCAGAUCUUUGGCCUCUUCCUGGACCCGAGCGCGCUUUCUUGGAAUACGGUGGAUACGUGUACUUCGAUCACGAUUGCACAGUGGUUGGAACAACAUCCAUCAGCCCUGCCAGCGUUGGAACAGGUCUGCUGUUUGGCGCUUCCAUCCCACUGCCGGAGGAUGUGGCCGAAGCCCUGUCGCGUCAAGGCCGCUUCCAGGAGGUGACUUUCGAGGCGCUGCUGCAAAAAGGCGCCACCCACUUUGCCUGGUUGAGGCCCAAGGAGUUUGCGAGCUCUGGUUUGCACUGCCCCAGUGGUGCUUUUGCGUAUAAGUUCGCAACCGGAGAUGAAGCCAGGUAUUUUCCUGUCCUGCCACCUCCGCCACCUCCGCCUCCACCACCGCCAAGGAACCCGGAACCCACUGAGGCAGACCUCCGUUGUGCAGACUUCCUGUUGCAGGUCCGUUUGCACACCAGAGAAGGUUACGAGGAAGCCUUGCGGUUGGGAGAGGAAAUCCUGAGACUUGAGCCAGGGAAUCGCCUGGUACUUGAAUAUCAGGAAGUCAUCAGAGGUUUCCUCCGCACCUUUGGCGAGUACGUUGAACAGGCCACUGUCAAUGGGUCAGAGCCAGGCAGUGGCACAGAAGGGCACAACAUUGCACGAUUCCAUCCAACUGCAUCCAGCAGCAUCCAACUCAUUGAGGUUCAAGCACGGCAGGCAGACCCCAAUCGCACUCCUAGCGAGGUCUCCACAGAAGAGUCAGAGGUAGCUGAAUCGGAGGAUGAGUCGCAGCAGGAUGUCGUCAGCGAGGUCCCAACUGAUCCUGCGAUAUCGCCACGUGAAAUUGAAUAA